CGCGCCGAUACAGGGGGGCCGGCCGGUACAGCUCCACGGCGACCCGACACGACCGAAGACGGUCGGCUUUUGAGGUUGAAAAGAAAAUAUAAGAGUUCCUGUGGACGAGCUUACCUGCGAAACGUCACGGCGCAUAGGUGGCCGUCGGCGCGGCUGCAACAGCAUGGUGCUGGGAAGAGCGUGGCUGUCGUCUGGCCCGCUGCUGCCGCUGCUGCUGCUGCUGCUGCUGCUGGUCCCGCCGGCCCUCGGUCAGCACUCGGUGCUGCUGGACGGUGACCUGGUGCUCGGCGGCCUGUUCCCCGUGCACGAGAAGGGUGACGGCACGCCGUGCAGCGCCAAACUGUACAACCGCGGCCUGCAGCGGCUCGAGGCCAUGCUGUUCGCCGUGGACCGCAUCAACAGCGACCGCCGCCUGCUGCCGCACACCACCAUCGGCGUCAACAUCCUGGACACGUGCAGCACCGACACGUACGCCCUCAACCAGUCGCUGGCCUUCAUCAAGGCGCCACUGGACGUCAUGGACACGGUGGCCUUCGAGUGCGCCGACCGGUCCACGCCUCGGCCCAAAUAUCGCUCUAAGGCGGUUAGUGGAGUGGUUGGCGGCUCCUAUAGUACCAUUUCCAUCAACGUCGCCAACCUGUUUAGACUGUUCCGUAUCCCACAAAUUUCGCCAGCAUCCACCGCACAGGCGCUAAGCGAUAAAUCACGGUUCGAAUUUUUCGCGAGGACAGUACCACCGGACACGUUUCAGGCCACGGCACUGGUGGACAUGGUGCAGUUGUUCAACUGGUCCUACGUCAGCACAAUCGCGUCCGAGGGCUCCUAUGGAGAGAGCGGCAUGGACGCGUUCCACCGCCAGGCUGCCGAGAGGAACAUCUGCAUAGCAGUGACAGAAAAGGUGCCGCGGGAUGCUACGGCCAAAACCUUCGAGAACAUCAUCAUGAACCUGCAGAAGAAGCCGAUGGCGCGGGGUGUGAUCCUAUUCGUCAGAGCCGAAGAUGCAAGGGGCGUGCUGGAGGCGGCGAAGCGCCUGCGGCUGCGCGAGCCGUUCCACUGGAUCGCCAGCGACGGUUGGGGCAAGCAGGAGAGCCUGGUGCAGGGCGUCGAGGAGGUGGCCGAGGGCGCCAUCACCGUGGAGCUGACGUCGCGCCGGGUGGCCGCCUUCGACCGCUACAUGGCCGAGCUGACGCCCGACACGAACCGGCGCAAUCCGUGGUUCCGCGACUACUGGCAGGCGUUCUUCGGCUGCUCGCUGGAGCCGGACGCGGCCGAGGACACCGCCUGCGACUCGGCGCUGCGGCUGCGACCAGAGACCGGCUUCGUCCAGGAGUCCAAGGUGCAGUUCGUCAUUGACGCCGUCUACGCGUUCGCGCACGCCCUCGAGGUCCUUCAGCUCGAUGUCUGCGGAAGCAAUCGCUAUGUUUGCGCGAAUAUGAGGAGGUACGACGGAGGCGAUUUCUACAAGAAAUAUCUACUAAACGUCUCAUUCACAGAUAUUGCUGGGAGCAAGGUUCAAUUUGACGCACGAGGUGAUGGUCUGGCGCGGUACACCAUUUUCAACUUCCAGCGUGUGGCCAACGGUCAGCACCAGUACAAAGUGAUAGGUCAGUGGGGGCAGGGUGAGCUCAACAUGAGUCGCGGCGAAGUGCAGUGGAACGGAGGCACAGACCCCGACCGGCCACCACCGAGACCGUCUCAGUCACCGUCCGACGGCCGAGACCUGACCCCGCUGACCCCUACUGACCCAGACGGUGACCUCUGGGUGACCGAUCUGACCCCGGUCGAGGUCAGCGUACCGCUGUCGGUCUGCGCCCUGCCCUGCGGCGUGGGAGAGGUCAAACUGAUGCAGCAGGGCGACACGUGCUGCUGGAUGUGUGACAAGUGUGAGCCGUUCGAGUUCAUGAAGGACGAACACACGUGCGAGGACUGUGGUCACGGCCGGUGGCCCUACCCCGACAAGCUCUCCUGCUACGAUCUCGAGGUGCAGUACAUGAAGUGGACCUCGCCGCUGGCCAUCGGGCCCAUCGCCAUCGCAGUCAUCGGAAUAGUGCUUACUGUGGCGGUCAUUUUGGUAUUUUUGCGUCGGGACGACACUCCAAUCGUGAAGGCGUCUGGCCGCGAGCUGAGCUACAUGCUGCUGGCCGGCAUCCUCAUCUGCUACCUCAACACGUUCCUGCUGCUCACCAAGCCCAGUCCGGCCGCCUGCGCCCUGCAGCGAGUCGGCGUCGGGCUCGGCUUCGCCUUCAUCUACAGCGCCCUCUUCACCAAGACCAACCGGAUCUCGCGCAUCUUCGACUCGGCGUCGCGGUCUGCCAAGCGUCCGAGCUUCAUCAGUCCCAAGUCCCAGAUCGUGAUCACGACGCUGCUCAUCUCCGUGCAGCUGCUGGCCACGGCCGUGUGGCUGCUGGUCGAGCUGCCCGGCGUGCGCUACGACUACCCGGACCGCGGCCAGGUCAUCCUCAAGUGCCGCAUCAAGGACUCGUCGUUCCUGGUGUCGCUCGUCUACAACAUGGUGCUGAUCGUCGUGUGCACCGUGUACGCCGUCAAGGCGCGCAAGGUGCCCGAGAACUUCAACGAGACCAAGUUCAUCGCCUUCACCAUGUACACGACGUGCAUCAUCUGGCUGGCGUUUGUGCCCAUCUACUUCGGCACAGGAAAUUCGUUCGAGGUUCAGAUCACCACGCUGUGCGUGGCCAUCAGUCUGUCGGCCUCGGUGGCGCUCAUCUGCCUGUACGCGCCAAAGGUCUACAUCAUCGUCUUCCACCCGGAGAAGAACGUGCGGAAGCUGACGAUGAACAGCGCAGCUUACAGAAGAGCCGUCUCCAGCUCGGCAGCGCCCUCCUUCAACCACGCGCUGGCUAUGACGGAGGUAGUCAAACUGCAGGGAUCCUCCGCAGCCGGCUCCCAGGCCACCGCCACCUCUGUGGUUCCCCAGGAGGACGGCGACCAUCGACAGCGGCCCAACAACACGGCGCCCUUAUGAGAGCGGGCCUCUGGCGCGGCCGGCCGUGCGCCGCCGCCGGCGCCGGCCGUGCACGUGGUGGAGAACCCGCUGCCGGCCGAGGAGCCGGCGCUGCGGCGCCGGGUGUCGGCCACCGGCCGCAGGGGCGCCGCCGACUCGGACGGACCGCCCAGCUACGCCUCGGUGGUGGGGCCGGCGCGCGGCGCGCCCGACUGGACACCGGAGGCGGCCGCCGACUGGCCCGACGAGGACGACUCGACGAGGGCGCACUGCGGCGACUCGCCGCUCUCCAACGGCGUCGAGCCGGCGCUGCUGCCGGCCGCCGACAUUUACUCAGAUGCCAAGGAGUUGGCCAUCUAAGUAAUUACGUAUAUAUGUAACCCGAUGAACUGAUUGAUCCAAAAACCUGCAGUAUUUUUUAGGUGUACGAGACAACGCUGAGUGUUUCCUAUCAUUGAGUGGAGAAUGCCUGUGACUAGGAGUGAUGCUGCUAUGUUGUCAGUUCAUGUUUUAGGCAUAUGUUGGAAGCUCUGCGAGCAUAUCAGCAUCGCAUCGCUUUCUGCUGUGAGGUGUUGUCCAUAGUUCACUCACGCCCAUUCAAAACACAACUAUCAAUCGCGGAAAGAUUAAACCGCUGCACUGUUCCCUAUGUAGAGUGUGGACACGACAGCUCUGUCCUGGGUGAAUUCGCCUCUCCCUCAGUGCAGUCUGACCGGGCAGCGCUUGAUCCCGACUUAGCUCAUAAGCUAACCUGUUAGUUCACUCGCCAUGUCGCUAGUCAGGUACGCUAUAUUACUGAUCCAAUGUGGUUACAAGGGUCUGAAUUAAGAGCCUAAAUCAACAGGUUCAGUCCUUUGACGUUUAAUUACAUUGCACGACCAACAAACGCUUUAUGCGCUGAAUCAUAUCGCUGAU